AUGCAAUCUUACUUGAGCCUUGAUAAUGUCACUCCUAAAUAUCAGUCCUUUUUGGCAAAUUUGACCUCCAUCACAGAACCUCAAUCCUAUGCUGAAGCUAUCAAGGAUCCCUUGUGGAUAGAGGCUAUAAACCAAGAGUUGCAGGCUCUUAAGGAUAAUCAGACCUGGUCCCUUAUGCAUUUACCACCUGGUAAGGUGCCAAUUGGUUAUAAAUGGGUGUUUAAGGUCAAACUCAAGGCUAAUGGGGAAGUGGAGAGGUAUAAGGCUAGGUUAGUAGCUAAAGGCUAUAACCAAAAUGAGGGGUUAGACUAUCAGGAAACUUUUCCCCUGUAG